AUGUUUUACUUCACACAAUUAAUAUUAUAUUUUCAUCAUUUCAACACCAAAGAAAACGCUGUUAUAUUUAUUUUAUGUAGAAAUUCUGAUUUAAAAGGAAUAAGCAAUACGCUGAAAAAUUUUGAAGAAAUGUUUAACAAAAAGUUUGGAUACCCUUAUGUGAUGGUGAAUGAUGAAGACUUUACAGAAGAAUUUAAAACCAGAAUUAAAAGUAUUGUAUCAUCUGAUGUACAAUUUGGUAAAUUGACUGAGGAUGAAUUUGGUAUCCCUAAAUUUAUCGAUAUGAAUAAGGUAAAGGCUUACAUGGAUAUUUUAAAAGCUGCUAAUAUUAUUUACGGCGAUUCACUGUCUUAUAGAAAAAUGUGUCGAUUUUUUUCCGGAAAAUUUUUUGAUAUCCCAUUGGUUAAAAAAUACAGAUAUUACUGGAGAAUUGAACCAGAUGUUAAGUUUUUGUGUAAAAUUAAUUUUGAUCCAUUUGAAUACUUAAGGAAUAAUAAUAAAGAGUAUUCGUUUGUGAUAACUAUAAAAGAAUUUAUGGAGACGAUACCAAGUUUGUAUAAAGAGACAAUAAAUUUUGCAAAACAGUCUAAAGCUUUGAUAGGAAACCCGGUUAUUAGUAAAUUUUUAUUAAAUGAAUCUAUGGGGUAUAAUGGAUGUCAUUUUUGGUCCAACUUUGAAAUUGCUAGCUUUGAUUUUUGGAGAUCUCCAAUUUACAGAAGCUAUUUCAAUUGGUUAGAUAAGUCGGGAGGAUUUUUUUAUGAAAGAUGGGGUGAUGCUCCUGUACAUAGUUUGGCACUCUCUUUAUUUUUAGAUAAAAGUAAAAUACAUUUUUUUGAAGAUAUAGGAUAUGAACAUCCACCAUUUAGUCAUUGCCCUUCGUCACCUUCCAGACAAAAGGACUGUAACUGUGAUCCUAAAAGAUCUGUAGACUGGAUGCCGCAAUCUUGUUUGAAAGAUUGGGAAAAUGAUAUCUUAUUAUCUAAAUAA